CACACGUGACAAAAUCUCCUCGGAAAUUGGCCGCUAUCAAUAUUUCAUCAGCAAAGUGAAGGAGCGGAUCGAUGCUCGGCUCCUCCCGGCUCAGCAUGAUCUCAUUAGAGCGUCCGUCUUGAUCCUGGCCUGACGAGCCCGCAAGACGCGCGCACGGCCCCCGGAAGUUGUGCGUGGAGCCGCCUGCCGGUGACGACAUGACUCUGCAAUUGGUUAUCGAGCGAUUUGCAGCAGCGAGGAAAAAACAAACAAACUGACUUUGAUGAGCCAAUCAGACAGCGAGCUAGUUUGGUGGCUGUGAGAAAACAUUCCACGGAAAGCGCAGCGACAGCGGAGAUGGCCGACCAGCUCCAGAGACUCGUGGCGGACAAGAAGGACGUGGUGGAGACGGUGAUGGAGGCCUUCGAGCAGGGCGCCGAGGUGGUGGCCAGCAUCGUCGGCGACAUCUUCCCGGUCUUCUCCAUCGCCGCGCCCAUCGUCAAGCUGGCGCUGGACAACGUGGAGAGCGAGGAGGCGGCCUUCAUGAAGGCGCAGUUCCAGAAGGUGCGCGACCGCCUGGAGGCCGCUUCCGACCAGGCGCGGCGCGUCCACGACGAGAUCAAGAAGAGCGGCGUGGACGCCGCCUACUUCUCGGUGGAGGAGAACAUCACCAACCAGUUCCGGAAGUACAUGGACAUCCUCAACGCCAAGGCCAAGUUCCGGGAAGUCAAGAAGAAGCUCUUCCUGGAGCACUUCGACAAGACGGGCGGCGACAAGAACCUGCACGUGCUGUACAACGCCGUGACGGGCGACAGCUUCUCGGGCCGGUCGGUGCUGGAGAUCAUCCGCGACUACGAGGAGAAGAGCCGCCGGGCCGUGGAGGGUUUCUGCGCCCGGCUGAAGAAGCUCUUCUGCCUGGGGCUCAUUGCCCUGCUGGGCCACGCCGCCCUGAAGGGCUUCGACGAGGAGGACGCCCUCCUGAAGCAGUGGGGCGAGAAGAUGAAGCUGGCGCAGGACAAGAUGAACGCCGUCAUCGGGGACUGCGUGGUCGGUUUCCCCGAGCAGGCCGAGCUGGACGCCAGGCGGCUGGCCAGGGACAACCCGGACUGGAGCAACCGGGAGCUGGCCGACGCCCUCGUCGCCAAGCUCAAGGAGAAGUACGACUGGGUGGCCUGGUCGGUGCGCGUCUUCAAGUCGCCCACGGGCCUCUUCGCCCCCAAGAAGUGCCACUCGUCCACGGGGAGGAGCCGCUUCCAGGUGCCCGCGUCGGACGACAAACUCAACGUGGUGGUGUCCUACAGCGCCUCGCCCGAGCCUGUGGACGGGGACCGCGUGCGCCGGCUGAUCCAGAGCCACAAGAAGCCCGGCUCGUUGGCCGUGGCCGAGAUGCUGUUCGAGUCCGUGCCCGGCGACUGCGUCGUCCACGCCGUGAAGACCGGCAAGGACCUGGCCUGCGCCUGGAGCUUCGCCGACGGCCUUCACUACUGGGAGGAGCACAAGAACUUGUACGUCUGUCUCCACUCGGCGUAACGCCGCCGCCGACGACGCCGACGACCUCGCCUUUUGUGCCUUCUUAACGCAGAACUCCAGUCCCGAUCGGGCCCCUCCACCCCCGUCCGUGGGCACUUUCACUUGGCGACGGGAAAAAAGUCCUUCCGUGUGAACAGGAAGUCGCUCCUUGGCUUUGCCUGAUAAAAAGACACUUGGAGGAGCAAAUUGUCCAUUUCCUUCUGAUUUUAAGUUUUUUUUUUUUCUUUUUUUUUUUUUUGCGGGAAUUUGAGAGGAACCUCCAUCAAGAGAAGACAUACAAGAGGGUGAGGAGGUCAGCCAUUUUGGGACGAAGCGGCCGGCGGCCAUUUUUGGUCCACCGAGCGUAAUAAUAACAACUUUCAAAUUCAUCCCCCGAACCGGGUUGAACUCAGCAUUGUGGAAUUUGGCACGAGCAGACCCACCAAAAAAAAAAAAAAAAAAAAGAAAGUCUAAAGGAGCCUUGCCAACAAAUUCAAGAGAAGAAAUCCACCAUUUUGCUAUCGGCGGCCAUUUUAGGCUUGUUUUGUUUGACCUUGUCAAGUACGUGCAAUUCUGACAUUUUUUUUUUAGUCGGACGACUCGGCAAAUCUCAUUUUGUCAGUAGCUCACGCAAAAAUAAAAGCGCACGGCGAUAUCAGUGCUAAUUUCCCUCUUCACAUUCCGAACUUUAGGAAUGGAUUUGCUAUUAUUAACCACUAUGAUCACAGCGUUACUGACGCAGUUUUAUCAUCUGAACAACUUUUUCCUCAUAUUUACCAAAGAUUGUGUUAAAUGCGUGUCAUGACUGUGUGUUUCACGGUACAUGCUAUUCCAAUCGGUUUCUUACAAUAAACACUAAAUAAUGAAAGUUU